AUGCCUGGUAAUGAAGACACACGUAUUCUUGAUAUGCAAUUUGUGGCCUUAAAGGAAAUAUUGUGCAUGCACGUGAUACAAGUAGCCUUGAUAAUGGCCUACUAUCGUAAGUCUAGGCUAGGAAAAAGGCUGCGUGCAACUGGAGAAUUAAAAUAUGAGAUAGUCAGUAAAUUGCCAGACCAAGAAAAACAUUUAAGUCGUUUAUAUGGUGUUAGUGACGAUGACUGUAUAGCCAACCUCCGCAUGGACCGUAGAACUUUCUCUAAACUUUGUGUUAUUCUGCGAGAACGGGGGGGUUUGGCAGAUGGUCGAUUUGUUACCGUAGAAGAACAAGUAGCCAUGUUUCUUUCGGUUUUAGCACACCAUAAAAAGAAUAGAGUUGUACGGUUCGAUUUUUGGCGAUCCGGUUGGACAAUUUCGCACUACGUACACAUUGUUCUAGGGGCUGUUAUAAGGCUACAUGACUUGUUCUUAUCCAAGCCAGAAGCUGUUACCGCGGAUUGCAAUGAUCCACGGUGGAGAUGGUUUAAGGGCUGUUUAGGGGCAUUAGAUGGCACGUAUGUGAGUGUUAUGGUCUGUAAUGAGGACAAACCCCGAUAUAGAACAAGGAAAGGGCAAAUAUCAACAAAUGUGUUGGGUGUUUGCAACCGCAAUUUGAAUUUCAGUUAUGUCUUAUCCGGUUGGGAAGGUUCAGCUGCGGACUCUAGAAUCUUACGAGAUGCAAUUAGUAGACCUCAUGGCCUUAAGGUCCCAAAGGGGAAGUACUACUUGUGUGAUAACGGUUAUGCGAAUAGUGACGGAUUCCUAACGCCGUUCAAAGGCGUUAGGUACCAUUUAAAAGAGUGGGGACCGAACAAUGCACGCCCUCAAAAUAAAGAGGAACUCUUUAACUUAAGACAUAGCAAAGCAAGGAACGCCAUAGAGAGAGCAUUUGGAAUAUUAAAGAUGCGAUGGGGUAUUCUUAGGUCACCCUCUUUCUAUCCAAUUCGAGUACAAAAUCGACUCAUCAUGGCAUCAUUUCUACUCAACAAUUUUAUUCGAAUGGAAAUGUCGGUAGAUCCUAUUGAGCAACAACUGGAUGCAACGCCCCAAGACAAUGGUGCAAAUUUAGAUGGGGCACCCGAUGACUUCAUAGAGCAUGUUGAAAGUUCCCCCCAAUGGAACGCCGCUAGGAAUGCUUUAGCCGACGCAAUGUGGUUGCAAUAUGUCAACAACAACUUGCCCACUUAAUUUGUUUGACUUCAUUUUUCUUUAAUUUGAGAUAAUGUCGUUGAUUUUAAAUUUGACAUGUGUUA